CUCACACCUACACGCGCAACUUCUCUCUCUCUCUUCUGUAGCACUCAAAGAGUAAAGUUCUCUGCAUUUCCCUGCUCUCUCUCUCUAGAAAUGGCAAGUCGGAUCCAAUCACACCAGCUGCCUAAUGGACUCUACGUUUCGGGAAAGCUCGAGCAGCCUAAAGAGCGACCACCGACAAUGGCGGCUCGUGCUGUGCCUUACACUGGAGGCGACAUAAAGAAAUCCGGCGAGCUCGGAAGGAUGUUCGACAUCUCCGUCGUCGAUUCCGCCUCUUUCCAAGGACCACCGCCGCUCAUCGUCGGUGGCAAUAGCAGCGGCGGAGCAUCGAGGCUGCAAGCGCCGCCACGUGUCUCCGGUUCGUCUUCAAACCCUAACAGUGGAUCCGUUCGAUCCGGACCAAACUCCGGCUCGGUUAAGAAAUUUUCGGGUCCACUCUCUCAGCUUCAGCCAACCGGUUUAAUAACCUCUGGCUCUCUCGGUUCGUCGGGUCCGAUUGGGUCCGGGUCUAGGAGGUCGGGUCAAUUGGACCACCAGACGAGUAAUCUAGGGUCCAGCAAGCCUAAAUACGGGUCGUCGGUGACGAGUCUGAGUACCGACCCGGUUCGGGUCGGGUUUAAAGUUCCCAAGACGGUUGUUUGGGCGUUGCUGAUUGUGGCGGCGAUGGGAUUGCUCGUUGGGGCGUUUUUAACCGUGGCGGUGAAGAAGCCGGUGGUUAUUGCGGCGGUUUUAGCGGCGGUUAUUCCCGCCGUCGUGGUUUUGGUGUGGAAUUGUGUUUGGGGAAGAAAAGGUUUGUUGAGUUUCAUCAAGAAGUAUCCAGAUGCUGAGCUUAGAGGCGCCAUUGAUGGACAGUUCGUCAAGGUUACAGGGGUUGUAACAUGUGGAAGCAUUCCUCUGGAGUCUUCAUACCAAAGAACACCAAGAUGCGUUUAUGUAUCCACGGAAUUGUACGAGUACAAAGGUCUUGGUGGAAGAUCCGCAAACCCAAAACAUCGAUGCUUUUCAUGGGGAUCUAGACAUGCAGAGAAAUAUGUUUCGGAUUUCUACAUCUCAGAUUUCCAAUCUGGAUUGCGGGCGUUAGUAAAAGCAGGAUAUGGAUCAAAAGUUUCUCCUUUUGUCAAACCAGCGACAGUGGCUAAUGUUACGACUCAGAACAAAGAUUUAUCUCCUAGCUUCCUAAAGUGGCUAUCGGACCGCAACCUCUCAGCUGAUAACCGUGUCAUGCGUCUCAAAGAAGGAUACAUAAAAGAAGGAAGCACGGUGAGCGUGAUGGGAAUGGUGAGAAGGCACGACAACGUUCUGAUGAUAGUUCCUCCGGCAGAAGCAGUCUCCAGUGGCUGCCGGUGGUGGCGCUGCCUCCUCCCGACUUAUGCAGAUGGCCUAAUCAUCACCUGCGACGAUAAUCAAAACGCUGAUGUCAUCCCUGUCUGAAUCCAAACAGCAAUAUGUAUGUAAUGCUUCUUUUGCCCGAUAUUCAGUUUUAUAAAUGCUUAAGAGUUAGGCUCAGAGACUGAAGAAAGAAGAGAGGAAUGAGAGGAGGAAGCCAAAUUGGUUCAAAAAGUAAACCAAUUGGUUUUACCUUUUGCGAUGAUCCUAUUAGCUUUUUUUUGUUUCUCUAUUAAUUCUGUUCUUUUUGCCCCUUCUUCUAUGGGGUUUAUGUUUGUGUACAUAAAGCUCCAAAUUGUAAAUGCUAUUUUCAGUUCAAAUAAUUAUCACGUUUCACUGCA